CUGAAUUGCCAUAUUCCGCAAUGGCUCCGACUGCAGCGGUCCGUUCGGGUUGCAUGGACCUGGCCCGGCGACUGCUCCGCGGGGGCGCGCCUGUCAACCAGGCGGGCCACCACGACCGGCGGCCCCUGCACGAGGCCUCGCGGCUGGGCAGCGCGGAGAUGGCCAGCCUGCUGCUGGAGUCCGGGGCCGCGCCCGACGCGCGCAGCCGCUUCGGACUCACGCCGCUGGCUCUGGCCGCUCAGGCGGGACACCUGCAGGUGCUGGAGCUCCUCCUCAGGAAAGGAGCAGACGUGCUGUCUCAGGCUCAGGAUGAGGCGUCGGUGCUGUACGAGUCGUGCGCCAGCGGCGACGUGUCGUCGCUGACGCUGCUGCUGGAAUACGGCGCCGAUGCCAACGUGGCCAAGCAGAGCGGCCACCUGCCCAUACACCGCGCCGCGCACAGGGGCCAUCUGCAGUAAGACAAAAACACGUAACGGAACGCACUCGGCUGACGAGUUGAUCAUUUCUCGCCA